AUGUCUUCCGCGAGUUUUUUGGCCCAAGAACAAGCUGCAUUUGAUUAUGAAGUUUCUGAAGUGAAGAGGUGGUGGAAUACAGAACGUUUUCGUCUUAUAAAACGUCCUUAUACUGCCGAACAGAUUGUGUCAAAACGAGGUCUUCUUAAACAACAAUAUGCCUCUGACACUCAGGCCAAAAAGCUCUGGGCUUUGUUAAAAAGUCAUCAAAAGAACAAGACCGUUUCGCAUACUUUUGGUUGUUUGGAUCCUAUACAAGUAUCACUAAUGGCUAGGUAUAUCGAAACUGUCUAUGUCUCGGGCUGGCAAUGCUCCGCUACUGCUUCUACCUCAAAUGAGCCCGGGCCUGAUCUUGCUGAUUACCCAAUGGAUACUGUUCCAAACAAGGUGGAACAUUUGUUUUUGGCACAACAAUUCCAUGAUAGAAAACAGCGUGAAGCCCGAUGCAGUAUGUCUAAGGAGGAGCGCGCAAAAACUCCUUUCGUAGAUUAUUUGCGGCCAAUUAUUGCUGACGCUGAUACGGGUCAUGGUGGUAUCACCGCCAUAUUAAAACUUGUAAAAAUGUUUGUUGAACGUGGAGCUGCCGGAGGUAAUAUUUCUUUUCUUUUUAAUUUUGCUACCUACUACUAUUUUACCAUUAAAGCUCAAAUUCACAUUGAAGAUCAAAGUCCACUUUAUAAAAAGUGUGGUCACAUGGCUGGAAAGGUCUUGGUUCCAAUCUCUGACCAUAUCAAUCGCUUGAUUGCAAUCCGUGUUCAAUUUGAUAUUAUGGGGGUUGAAAACCUUAUUGUCGCCCGUACUGAUUCGGAAGCCGCCACUCUUAUUACAUCUAAUAUAGAUCCCCGUGACCAUGCAUUCAUUCUUGGUUCUACAAAUCCUAAUCUUCGUCCUCUUGCAGAAGUCUUAAAGGAGGAGGAAUCAAAGGGUGCUGCAGGAGAAAGACUGGCAAAAAUAGAAGCAAAUUGGAUUGCUAGUGCAAAUCUCAAACUUUACCAUGAUGCUGUAAGCGAUGCAAUUAAGGCAUCUAGUUAUGCUGACAAAUCAUCUCGCCUUCAGAAAUGGGCAUCAAAAUCAUCAGGUCUCUCUUACUAUGAUGCUGCUAAAUUAGCCAAGUCAUUAGGUGUUGAUGUAUAUUGGGAUUGGAAUUCACCACGGACAACUGAGGGAUUGUUUAGGGAUGUUCAACGAAAAGAACGUGAACACGGAGUAGAAACGUUGGCACAUCAAAAGUGGGCUGGCGCAAAUUAUGUUGAUUCAUUAAUCGCUUCUACUGCUGCUAUGGGCAAGGGCGUGACCGAAGAACAAUUCAAAUAG